UUUUUUUUUUUUUUUACUUUUUUGAGGUGUGAAUAAGACAUUUGUUUAUUAUUAAAAAAAUUACAACAUACACUUGGCUCUUGGUUCAAUUUCCAAAUUUUUCCCCAAAGAGGGAGGGAGGGAAGUAAAUUCACAGGUAAUGUAAAUGCUAAGGAGUAGAGACUUGGAGAAUAUGAUAAAGCUAUCUAUAGAAAAAUAACAAGUUUGGGGACCAGUGAGAUGGCUCAGUGGUUAAGAUCAUGUACUGCUCUUCCAGAGGACCCAAGCUCGGUUCCCAGCACCUCACAGCAAGUUGCUCCCGACUGCCUGUAACCCCAGUUCCAGGGAAUCGGAUGACUCUGGCCACCUUCAGUACAUGCACAUAGAUGCAUCCCAUCCUCAUGAUUAAAACUCAGAUAAAUCUUAACAGAAAUGGUAGGCCUAUGUUUUAUGCUUUCAGAGGAAUGGGUAUGUUACAGUUUGUUAAUUUAAACAAUUGUUUUUUGCUUUAUGUGUGUGGAUGUUUUGCCUGCAUUUGUGUCUUUCCACCACAUUGCCUGCCUGGUGCCCACAGAGGCUUCGGGGAGGAUCUGAGAUCCUCUGGGACUGAAGUUACAGAUGAUGGUGAGCUGCUGUGUAGGUGCCGGGAAUUGAACCUGGUUCUUCUGGAAGUGAUCUUAACUGCUGAGCCAUCCAACUCUCCAACCCUAUAAUUUCUUUAUUUUAAAACUCAAAAUUAAGAAUGCAAAAACUUGUUUAAAAAUGAUGAAAACAAACAUGUUUUCUCCAAAAUAGAGACGUUGCGUCUGUAGUUAGUCUCUACUAAAUCCUAUUGCUCGCAGCUGUUCUGUAGUCUUGCUGCCUAAAAGAAGAAUAAAGGCCUUCUGUUCUUUCAAUAAUCAUUGUGGAUCUGGUCUUAAAGGCUUUGAGAUACCCGCUGGGACAGCAACAUGUUAAAGAGAUCAAAAACUUUUGCAUGAAAAACAUACUCUGAUAUGUUUCUGUUUCCCAAAUAUUUGGAGAGACCAAGAAAGCAUUACAGGCAUCUGUAAGAGAAGCCCAAGCAGCCUAAGGUUUAAGCCCUGUCAUCGGCUCCUCCGUCGGCUGCUUGCUGACAGCAGGUUACAACAAGGUUAAUCAUUCAUUUGAUGAUAGGAUCUUCAGCCUUGCUCAAAUUUCUUAUCAAGAUAAACACUUGAGGUUAUACUUGUAAACCGGAUAUUGACGGAGAAAGGAAGAGAUUUUUCUGAAACCCUGAAGCUGGAACUCACUCAGGACAGUCGGAGGAACAUCUGAUUGCUGUCUCAGUGGAUAGUAUUGGGUUUUUUUUUUGUUUUUGUUUUUUUUUUUAAUUCUGAGCUGAAACACUCAUAGCUGACAGCUCUCUCUAGGAUUUCCUGGGGCCAUCUGCUGUUGGAGAACAUAAAUUGUAAAUUUACCUUUGAACCACCAGAGCCUCAUUGGCCUGUCCCCUGGCCACUCAGACUUCCAGUCUCAAUGGUAUCCAGGAGAGGUUUGACAGAAUAAACAGUGGGGUUCUUGUCUGGGAGUGACUGCCUGGCAAUUGUUUCAUGGAAAACAGGGAGGGGUGGGGGACAACAACCCUGCUCUGUUCACUGGCUCUUUAAUUUAGAUUACCAAUGAUAAAGCCGGGCCAACGGCUAAAGAAAGGUAGGAUGCAUACGCAGACAUUAGUGCUAAUGUGCUGUAGAAAGACGAGAUAAAUCAGUCUAGCUCUCAUACAUCACUAAGGGAGAAGCUGAUUGCAACUUGACCGUGUGCCUGAAUGGUCCCAUCAGUGAGACGAGCAGAACAUGGAUUAAAAAAAUCUAGGAUGUACCGUUAGGGCUACCGCUGCGCUGGACCUGGGAGAACUGUCUGGUUAAAUACCGACAGUAUAUGGCCGGACUUCUGGCUCCUCCCUAUGGUGUUAUGGAAACGGGCUCUAACAAUGACAGGAUUCCUGACAAGGAGAAUACACCUCUCAUUGAACCCCACGUUCCUCUCCGUCCUGCUCACACCAUUACCAAGGUCCCUUCAGAGAAGAUCCUCAGAGCUGGAAAAAUUUUACGAAUUGCCAUUCUCUCUCGAGCUCCCCACAUGAUAAGAGACAGAAAGUACCACCUAAAGACAUACAGACAAUGCUGUGUUGGGACUGAGCUGGUAGACUGGAUGAUACAGCAGACAUCCUGUGUUCACUCGCGGACUCAAGCUGUUGGCAUGUGGCAAGUCUUGCUGGAAGAUGGUGUCCUCAACCAUGUGGACCAGGAGCGCCAUUUCCAAGACAAAUAUUUAUUUUAUCGAUUUCUGGAUGACGAGCGUGAGGAUGCCCCUUUGCCUACUGAGGAAGAGAAGAAGGAGUGUGAUGAAGAACUUCAGGACACCAUGCUGCUGCUCUCACAGAUGGGCCCUGACGCCCACAUGAGAAUGAUCCUGCGAAAACCACCUGGCCAGAGGACUGUGGAUGACCUAGAGAUUAUCUACGACGAGCUCCUUCAUAUUAAAGCCUUAUCCCAUCUCUCUACCACAGUGAAACGGGAGUUAGCAGGUGUUCUCAUUUUUGAGUCUCACGCCAAAGGAGGAACUGUGUUGUUUAACCAGGGGGAAGAAGGUACCUCCUGGUACAUCAUUCUGAAAGGAUCCGUGAAUGUAGUCAUUUAUGGCAAGGGUGUGGUCUGCACCCUGCACGAAGGAGAUGACUUUGGCAAGUUAGCUCUAGUGAACGAUGCUCCAAGAGCUGCCUCCAUUGUUCUUCGGGAAGAUAAUUGUCACUUCCUAAGAGUCGACAAGGAAGACUUCAAUCGGAUUCUGAGGGACGUUGAGGCGAAUACAGUCAGACUUAAAGAACAUGACCAAGAUGUCUUGGUACUGGAGAAGGUCCCAGCAGGGAACAGAGCUGCUAAUCAAGGAAACUCACAGCCUCAGCAAAAGUAUACUGUGAUGUCAGGAACACCUGAAAAGAUUUUAGAGCAUUUUCUAGAAACAAUACGCCUUGAGCCAUCGUUGAAUGAAGCAACAGAUUCGGUUUUAAAUGACUUUGUUAUGAUGCACUGUGUUUUUAUGCCAAAUACCCAGCUUUGCCCUGCCCUUGUGGCCCAUUACCACGCACAGCCUUCUCAAGGUACCGAGCAGGAGAGAAUGGAUUAUGCCCUCAACAACAAGAGGCGGGUCAUCCGCUUGGUCCUGCAGUGGGCGGCCAUGUAUGGCGAUCUCCUCCAAGAAGAUGAUGUGGCCAUGGCCUUCCUGGAGGAGUUCUAUGUGUCUGUAUCAGAUGACGCACGGAUGAUGGCUGCCUUCAAGGAGCAGCUGCCAGAGCUGGAGAAGAUUGUCAAGCAAAUCUCAGAAGACGCAAAAGCUCCACAGAAGAAGCACAAGGUGCUUUUGCAACAGUUCAACACAGGUGACGAGAGGGCCCAGAAGCGUCAGCCUAUUCGUGGCUCUGAUGAGGUUUUGUUCAAGGUCUACUGCAUCGACCACACCUAUACUACCAUUCGUGUGCCGGUAGCUGCCUCGGUGAAGGAAGUCAUCAGUGCAGUAGCUGACAAACUGGGCUCAGGGGAAGGCCUGAUCAUCGUCAAGAUGAACUCUGGAGGAGAAAAGGUGGUGCUGAAAUCUAAUGAUGUUUCAGUAUUUACGACGCUCACCAUUAAUGGACGCCUGUUUGCCUGCCCGAGAGAGCAAUUCGACUCACUGACUCCCUUGCCGGAACAGGAAGGCCCGACCACUGGGACAGUGGGAACAUUUGAGCUGAUGAGCUCGAAAGACCUGGCGUACCAGAUGACAACCUACGAUUGGGAACUCUUCAACUGUGUGCAUGAGCUGGAGCUAAUCUACCACACAUUUGGAAGGCAUAAUUUUAAAAAGACCACGGCAAACUUGGAUUUGUUCCUGAGGAGGUUUAAUGAAAUUCAGUUUUGGGUUGUCACUGAGGUCUGCCUUUGUUCCCAGCUCAGCAAACGUGUUCAGCUUUUGAAAAAAUUUAUCAAGAUAGCGGCUCACUGCAAGGAGUACAAAAAUCUAAAUUCCUUUUUCGCCAUCGUCAUGGGACUCAGCAACGUGGCCGUGAGCCGCUUGGCACUAACGUGGGAGAAACUGCCGAGCAAGUUUAAGAAGUUCUAUGCGGAGUUUGAGAGCUUGAUGGAUCCUUCCAGAAACCACAGGGCAUACAGGCUGACAGCAGCCAAGCUGGAGCCCCCUCUCAUCCCUUUCAUGCCCUUGCUUAUUAAAGAUAUGACAUUUACUCAUGAGGGGAACAAGACGUUCAUUGACAAUCUAGUAAACUUUGAAAAAAUGCGCAUGAUUGCAAACACUGCCAGAACAGUACGGUACUACAGGAGCCAGCCCUUCAAUCCGGAUGCCGCUCAAGCUAAUAAGAACCAUCAGGAUGUCCGGAGUUAUGUACGGCAAUUAAAUGUGAUUGACAACCAGAGAACUUUAUCACAGAUGUCACACAGAUUAGAGCCUCGAAGGCCAUAGACAUCUGAAGUGCCCAGAGUGAUGUUUUGUCUCCAGUCCACAAUCUUUCAAAAGAUGCUGUGUAUGCUACUACUGACUGUGUUGCUACUAGAGAAUUCUCCAGAAUGAGCAAGAGACACAUCCUGAGAGCCCCUCGGGGCUACAUCCUGCUUUCCAACCACACAGGAGAAGCGAUCUGACUUGUCUAAUGCUGCCAUGCUGUAGCUUAGGAAUCAUCAGUUAUAGUCACCCUCCUUCAUUGUUGGCACGCCAGCACCAGGCUCACGUGAAGAAAUAACCUUGGCGGGAGGCUACAUCAGGGCCCUGACAUCCCUUCCCAGGCUGUUUGCAGCAUGAGACUGUGCCAUACGUAGAUAGGUUUCACUCGGAUGCGCCGGCGAUGAUAUAAUUGAAUGAAUUGUUUACUUAGCACCUUAUUUGGGGUCUGGGGUCUGGGGAGGGUAUUGAGGAUACCGUAAAAGUCCAAAUUAUACAUCGUGUUCCUCCAUGUUCAUAAUCUAACCUCUGAAGGAAUGGAACCUCACCACAACACUAUGAAACAUUAUGGCUGUUUCGUCUGUAAUUUCGGAAUGAUCUAUAGAAUAAUAUGUUUACAUUGUAACUUUUAAAAACUAACAAAUCAGGAUUGCAUACAUAAGAAUGCCACUAAGAAACACCAAGGUUCUUAAUACCGCCAGCGUUAAGAUAGAAAGUAACAUUUCAGAAGAGCACAAUAUGCACAAAACAUUUUUUCAAAAUUUAAAUAUUUUCCUGGGCAUUAAAAACGUUUCCACUACAAAUUUAUUGUUACUGAUGAAAAAAUGCAUAUUUUCUGGAGUUAAAUGUUAUUACAAAAAUCUUAAUUUUCAGCAAUUGUUUUGCACUUUCAGAUAGAUUGUAAAUAGGUUAUGCAGUCAAUGAUAUAGAGUUAUUUAUUUGCUACAUAAUAGACAUUGUGCCAAAUAAUUCCUUUUUAUUUAUUUUAUUCAGUAUGAAAUUUUGGAGUACAUUUUUUCUGUUUUCUUAAUUAGACCACAUUUAAUGUAUAGGAAUUGUAUGUACAUAUCUCUUCUGUAAAUAACAGCCAGUAUCUUCAUUAAAUAUACUUGACAAGAAA